GCUGUAGGCCAAUAAGGCUUGAAUACAAAGCGAAGCAGAGGAACAAGGAGGAAAGGAAAUAAGAACAAAAAGGCCCACAUAGGAGCCACGCCUACUCAUCUCUCGCACUUCACAAACCAUGUCUCGCUCUGGACACUGCAUCUUGUUUUCCAUGUGAAAUCAAGAUCCAGCUAGGGUUUUCCUUUCAUUAUGGCUUCCACUGCUCAAUCUAUCCGCUUCGGCGCCCCCGCCGCCGCCGCCGCCGCCGGCUCCAGCCUCGACGCCCUUAACCGCAUUCUCGCCGACCUUUGCACUCGCGGCCCUCCCAAGGAUGGGGCUGCAUCAGCUUUGAAGAUACAUUUGGAGGAAGAAGCUCGUGAUCUUAGUGGAGAAGCUUUCUCCCGUUUCAUGGAUCAGUUGUAUGAUCGCAUAUCUAAUCUUUUAGACAGUAAUGAUGUUGCUGAAAAUAUGGGAGCUUUAAGAGCUAUUGAUGAGUUGAUAGAUGUGGCAUUAGGCGAGAGUGCUUCCAAAGUUUCAAAAUUCUCUGGUUAUGUGCGGACUGUGUUUGAGGCAAAACGUGACCGUGAUGUUUUAAUCCUUGCUAGUACAGUUCUUGGCCACCUGGCUAGGGCUGGUGGAGCAAUGACUGCAGAUGAAGUGGAGUGCCAGGUGCAAAAUGCAUUGGAGUGGCUUCGUGGAGAAAGGAUAGAGUAUCGUCGUUUCGCUGCUGUGUUAAUCUUGAAAGAAAUGGCAGAAAAUGCUUCAACUGUCUUCAAUGUUCAUGUACCUGAGUUUGUGGAUGCUAUCUGGGUUGCUUUGAGGGAUCCGACAUUGCCCAUUCGGGAACAGGCUGUAGAAGCAUUGCGUGCUUGUCUUCGUGUUAUUGAAAAGCGUGAAACACGUUGGCGUGUGCAAUGGUAUUAUCGUAUGUUUGAGGCUACACAAGAUGGAUUGGGUAGAAAUGCUCCAGUACACAGUAUACAUGGCUCUCUGCUUGCAGUUGGAGAGCUUCUGAGGAAUACAGGCGAGUUCAUGAUGUCAAGGUACAGAGAAGUUGCAGACAUUGUUAUCACGUACCUAGAGCACAAGGACCGACUUGUUCGCCUUAGUAUUACCUCACUGUUACCUCGCAUUGCUCAUUUUCUGCGAGAUCGGUUUGUUACUAACUAUUUGAAUAUAUGCAUGAGUCAUAUUCUUGCAGUUUUAAGAGCGCCAGCUGAACGUGAUAGUGGGUUUAUUGCUCUAGGGGAGAUGGCUGGUGCUUUGGAUGGGGAACUUGUUUACUAUAUGCCGACAAUUAUAUCUCAUUUACGUGAUGCGAUCGCUCCUCGAAGAGGCAAACCCUCUCUUGAGGCUUUGGCUUGUGUUGGGAGCAUUGCAAAAGCUAUGGGAUCUGUUAUGGAACCUCAUGUUCGCAGCCUUUUAGAUGUUAUGUUCUUGCCUGGUCUUUCCCUCACACUUGUAGAAGCCCUUGAACAAAUAACUGCCAGUAUUCCAUCUUUGCUACCUACUAUUCAAGAUCGCUUGCUUGACUGCAUUUCAAUAGCUCUUUCAAGAUCUCAUUAUCCUUUUGCAAGGCCGGCGGUUGCCAUGGCUCGAGGAAGCACUGUGAAUACUGCUCAGCAAUUCUUAGACUUUAGCAGUCCUGCCCUAGUGCAACUUUCUUUGCAGACUCUUGCUCGUUUUAAUUUCAAGGGCCAUGAGCUUCUCGAGUUUGCAAGAGAGUCGGUUGUUGUAUAUUUGGAUGAUGAAGAUGGAGCCACGCGAAAAGAUGCUGCUCUAUGUUGUUGUAGAUUAAUAGCAAAUUCCUUUUCUGGCAUUACUUGUCCACAAUUUAGUUCUAGUAGGUCCAAUCGAACUGGAGGAAAACGCCGGCGUCUUGUUGAGGAGAUUGUGGAAAAACUUCUUAUUGCAGCUAUUGCAGAUGCUGAUGUUACUGUUCGUCGUUCAAUCUUUUUGUCUCUGCAUGAAAAUGGAGGUUUUGAUGAAUUUUUAGCACAAGCUGAUAGCUUGAGUGCGGUCUUUGCUGCUUUAAAUGAUGAGGAUUUUGAUGUUCGAGAAUAUGCAAUCUCAGUUUCUGGGAGAUUAUCAGAAAAGAAUCCUGCAUAUGUUCUUCCAGCACUUCGUCGCCAUCUCAUACAGUUGUUGACAUAUCUAGAGCAGAGUGCAGAUAGCAAAUGUAGAGAAGAAAGUGCAAAAUUACUUGGUUGCUUAAUUCGCAACUGUGAACGACUAAUACUUCCAUACAUUGCUCCAAUACACAAGGCUCUUGUUGCAAAACUUGCUGACGUCAAUGCUAAUAAUGGCAUCAUCAGUGGAGUUCUUGUAACUGUUGGGGAUCUUGCAAGAGUGGGUGGUUCUGCAAUGAGAGAGAAUGUAACUGAUCUUAUGCCAUUAAUUGUUGAAGCUCUAAUGGAUGGAGCUGCUGUCACCAAACGUGAAGUGGCUGUUGCAACUCUUGGUCAAGUUGUGCAAAGCACUGGGUAUGUUAUAGCUCCAUACAAUGCAUACCCACAGUUGCUUGGCUUACUCUUGAAGCUGCUUAAUGGUGAGUUAGCCUGGACUACCAGGCGAGAAGUACUAAAGGUUCUUGGUAUUAUGGGAGCUUUGGAUCCACAUGUGCAUAAGCGAAAUCAGCAGCGCUUGCCAGGGUUACAUGGAGAAGUUGCUCGUCCAGCUAGUGAUGCAGGUCAACACAUUUGUUCCAUGGAUGAACUGCCUAUGGACCUUUGGCCAUCUUUUGCGACAUCUGAAGAUUAUUAUUCAACGGUUGCUAUCAAUUCCCUUAUGCGAAUUCUUAGGGAUGCUUCACUUUCUAGUUACCACCAAAAGGUUGUGGGAUCUCUUAUGUUUAUAUUUAAGUCUAUGGGUCUUGGUUGUGUUCCAUACUUACCGAAGGUUUUGCCUGAUCUUUUUGUCACUGUUCGUACUUGUGAAGAUGGCCUAAAAGAAUUUAUCACCUGGAAGCUUGGAACUCUAGUGUCUAUUGUUCGCCAGCAUAUUCGUAAAUAUCUGCCAGAGUUGCUGUUGCUUAUUUCUGAAUUAUGGCCAUCCUUCAGUUUGCCAUCUAGCAAUCGCCCUGUGCAUGGCUUACCAAUUCUGCACCUAGUGGAACAACUUUGCUUGGCUCUCAAUGAUGAAUUCAGAACAUAUCUUCCUCUCAUUCUUCCAUCAUGUAUUCAAGUUCUGAGUGAUGCAGAGAGGUGUAAUGAUUACACUUAUGUUCUUGAUAUUCUUCACACCUUUGAAGUGUUUGGUGGGACAUUGGAUGAACAUAUGCAUCUACUACUUCCUGCGCUCAUUCGAUUGUUCAAAGUGGAUGCGUCAGUGGCUAUAAGACGUGCUGCCUUCAAAACCCUGACGAGAUUAAUUCCUCGUGUGCAGGUCACUGGCCACAUCUCUGCUCUCGUGCAUCAUUUGAAGCUAGUCUUGGAUGGAAGGAAUGACGAGCUUCGAAAGGAUGCUGUUGAUGCACUAUGUUGUCUUGCUCAUGCCCUUGGAGGAGACUUCACCAUUUUUAUUCCAUCGAUUCAUAAACUUUUGAUGAAGCAUCACUUGCGGCACAAAGAAUUUGAAGAAAUUGAAGGGCGUUUACAGAGGCGUGAGCCACUAAUAUUGGGAAGCACUGCUGCUCGACGAUUAAUCAGUCGGUUUCCAGUGGAGGUCACUAGUGACCCUUUAAAUGAUGUGGAGAAUGAUCCUUAUGAGGAUGGUUCUGAUGCACAGAGACAAAUCAGAGGCCAUCAGGUUAAUGAUGGUCGAUUGCGCACUGCUGGAGAGGCUUCUCAGCGUAGUACCAAGGAAGAUUGGGCAGAAUGGAUGAGGCAUUUUAGCAUUGAACUUCUAAAGGAAUCACCCUCUCCUGCUUUACGAACCUGUGCUAGGCUUGCACAGUUGCAGCCUUUUGUGGGGCGGGAGUUGUUUGCAGCUGGUUUUGUUAGCUGUUGGGCACAGCUAAAUGAUACUAGUCAAAAGCAAUUAGUUCGGAGUUUAGAGAUGGCAUUUUCAUCUCCAAAUAUUCCUCCUGAGAUUCUUGCAACACUUCUUAAUUUGGCUGAGUUCAUGGAACAUGACGAGAAACCCCUCCCUAUAGACAUUCGGCUCCUUGGAGCCCUUGCGGAAAAGUGCCGUGCAUUUGCAAAGGCUUUGCAUUAUAAAGAAAUGGAAUUUGAAGGUGCACGUUCCAAGAAGAUGGAUGCAAACCCAGUUGCUGUAGUUGAAGCUCUUAUACAUAUAAAUAAUCAAUUGCACCAACAUGAGGCUGCAGUUGGAAUAUUGACCUAUGCCCAACAAAAUUUGGAUGUCCAAUUAAAGGAGUCAUGGUAUGAGAAACUGCAGCGCUGGGAUGAUGCUCUCAAGGCAUACACAGCUAAAGCUUCUCAGGCAUCAACUCCACAUCUUGUUCUAGAAGCUACAUUAGGGCGGAUGCGGUGCCUUGCUGCAUUGGCUCGAUGGGAAGAGCUUAACAACCUGUGCAAGGAGUACUGGACCCCAGCUGAACCAGCUGCACGACUGGAGAUGGCACCAAUGGCUGCUAAUGCUGCAUGGAACAUGGGAGAGUGGGAUCAAAUGGCAGACUAUGUUUCUCGGCUGGAUGAUGGUGAUGAAACAAAACUGAGGGUUUUGGGGAAUACUACUGCUAGUGGUGAUGGAAGUAGUAACGGUACAUUCUUCAGGGCAGUUUUACUAGUUCGUCGAGGAAAGUAUGAUGAAGCACGGGAGUUUGUUGAGAGAGCAAGGAAAUGUUUGGCAACAGAACUUGCUGCUUUGGUUCUAGAGAGCUAUGAACGUGCCUACAGCAACAUGGUUCGUGUUCAGCAGCUCUCAGAAUUAGAGGAGGUCAUUGAUUAUUGUACUCUUCCUGUGGGAAACCCCGUUGCUGAAGGGCGACGGGCCCUUAUUCGCAAUAUGUGGACUGAGCGCAUACAAGGGGCAAAGCGAAAUGUUGAGGUCUGGCAAGCACUUCUACCAGUUAGAGCACUUGUGCUGCCUCCUAUCGAGGACAUCGAAAAUUGGCUCAAGUUUUCUUAUCUUUGCCGAAAGAAUGGGCGGAUUAGCCAGGCUAGGUCUACCUUAAUUAAACUUCUACAGUAUGAUCCCGAAACAUCUCCUGAAAAUGUGCGAUACCAUGGCCCUCCUCAAGUAAUGUUGGCAUAUUUGAAGUACCAAUGGUCCCUUGGGGAGGAUCUUAAGCGGAAGGAAGCAUUUGGCAGGCUGCAGAAUUUAGCGAUAGAACUAUCAAGUGCAAAUAUUCAAUCUGCUACAUCAACUGGUCUGAUGAGCACUUCAAGUGCGAGUGUCCCACUUCUGGCCCGUGUAUAUCUUAGACUUGGAACCUGGCAGUGGGCACUUUCUCCUGCAUUAGAUGAAGAUUCUAUACAGGAAAUUCUUUCCGCAUUUAGGAAUGCGACUCAAUGUGCAACAAAAUGGACUAAAGCAUGGCAUUCAUGGGCACUGUUUAACACUGCAGUCAUGUCUCAUUAUACUUUAAGAGGUUUUCCUAAUAUUGCAGCACAGUAUGUUGUUGCAGCCGUUACUGGAUAUUUUCAUUCAAUAGCAUUUGCAGCAAAUGCCAAAGGAGUGGAUGAUAGUUUGCAGGAUAUACUUCGACUCCUCACUUUGUGGUUCAACCAUGGAGCUACUGCUGAGGUUCAAAUGGCAUUACAUAAAGGAUUUUCUUAUGUUAAUAUUGACACAUGGCUGGUUGUUUUACCUCAAAUAAUUGCCAGGAUACAUUCAAAUAACCAUGCUGUGAGAGAAUUGAUACAAUCUCUUUUGGUGCGAAUUGGAGAAAGCCAUCCACAGGCUCUCAUGUACCCCCUUCUUGUAGCAUGUAAAUCAAUUAGCAAUUUACGCAGAGCAGCAGCUCAAGAAGUGGUUGACAAAGUCCGGCAGCAUAGUGGCACACUUGUAGAUCAGGCACAACUUGUAUCGACGGAGCUAAUCAGAGUGGCGAUACUCUGGCAUGAAAUGUGGCAUGAGGCAUUGGAAGAAGCUAGUCGUUUAUAUUUUGGUGAGCAUAAUACUGAGGGGAUGCUAAAAGCAUUGGAGCCCUUACAUGAAAUGCUCGAGGAAGGGGCUAUGCGGGACGAUAUUACCGCCAAAGAAAGUGCCUUCAUUCAGGCAUAUCGCCAUGAAUUGUUGGAGGCCUAUGAAUGCUGCAUGAAAUUUAAGAGGACUGGAAAAGAUGCUGAACUUACUCAGGCAUGGGAUCUAUACUAUCAUGUGUUCAGACGGAUAGAUAAGCAGCUCCAAGCUCUUACUACCCUGGACCUGCAGUCUGUUUCACCACAGUUGUUAACAUGCCGCAAUUUAGAGCUUGCUGUUCCUGGGCAAUAUCGUGCAGGAUCACCGUUGGUGACAAUUCAAUAUUUUGCACAUCAACUUGUUGUCAUCACAUCUAAACAGCGUCCCCGGAAAUUAACCAUACGUGGCAGUGAUGGAGAAGAUUAUGCCUUCUUGCUAAAGGGACAUGAAGAUUUACGCCAAGAUGAACGUGUGAUGCAGCUUUUCGGUCUGGUGAAUACUCUACUGGAGAAUGAAAGAAAAACGGCAGAAAAGGAUCUGUCUAUUCAACGAUAUGCUGUUAUUCCAUUAUCUCCCAACAGUGGGUUAAUUGGAUGGGUCCCACAUUGUGACACCUUGCACAAUCUCAUUCGGGAGUACAGGGAUGCCAGGAAGAUUACCCUCAACCAAGAGCACAAAUACAUGCUUGGUUUUGCUCCUGAUUAUGAUCAUUUACCACUCAUUGCUAAAGUGGAAGUAUUUGAGUAUGCAUUGCAAAAUACUGAAGGAAAUGACCUGGCAAGGGUUCUUUGGUUGAAAAGUCGCACUUCUGAGGUAUGGCUUGACAGGAGGACAAAUUAUACUAGAAGUUUGGCUGUCAUGAGUAUGGUGGGCUACCUUCUUGGUUUAGGUGAUCGACACCCAAGCAAUCUUAUGCUUCAUCGCUAUAGUGGGAAGAUCUUACACAUUGAUUUUGGUGACUGCUUUGAAGCUUCAAUGAACCGAGAGAAGUUCCCUGAAAAGGUUCCCUUCCGCCUGACAAGGAUGCUUGUUAAAGCUAUGGAGGUUAGUGGUAUCGAGGGCAAUUUCCGUUCAACUUGUGAAAAUGUAAUGCAAGUGCUCCGAACACAUAAGGAUAGUGUCAUGGCUAUGAUGGAGGCCUUCGUUCAUGAUCCUCUCAUCAAUUGGCGUCUUUUCAACUUCAAUGAAGUCCCUCAAAUGUCUACAUUUGCAAGCACUCAUGUAGCUCCUGUUGCAAAUAGUGAAGAAUCGGCUCCAAAUAGAGAGCUUGCUCAACCUCAACGUGGUGCUCGGGAGAAGGAGCUUCUUCAGGCUGUCAAUCAACUUGGUGAUGCUAAUGAAGUUCUAAAUGAGCGUGCUGUGGUGGUCAUGGCUCGGAUGAGUAAUAAACUUACUGGACGUGAUUUUUCUACUUGUUCUUCAGUAUCCGCUAGUUCUAUCCAACAUGCAGUAGAUCACAGUACCUUGAUUUCUGGUGAUACACGUGAAGUUGAUCAUGGUUUAAAUGUUAAAGUGCAAGUCCAAAAGUUGAUUACCCAAGCUCGAUCACACGAGAAUUUGUGCCAAAACUAUGUCGGGUGGUGUCCUUUUUGGUGAGAUAAAGUGCAUCCUGGAUUGUAAAUUAUGAUAUGUAUAAUAGAAAUAUCAUUGUAACUUGGGAUGUCACUUUUUCUUCCUUCACUGUAAAUAAUGUAUAGAUACAAGUUUAUUUGAAUUAAUAAAAUACUUGGUUUUCUCA